AUGACAGAGGUUUCUCAAAUUCUACCACCAGACUACCAGUUAAAGGAAGCCGAACCAGAACACUGUCCAGGGCCCGAAUCAGAGAAAGCAGGUCAAGGAGAUGCCUGCGCUGGAUGUGCCAACAAAGAAAUCUGCGAGAGCCUUCCUAAAGGCCCGGAUCCUGACAUACCGUUGAUUACCGAAAACCUAUCGCAAAUCAAGCACAAAGUAUUAGUUUUAUCAGGCAAGGGAGGGGUCGGCAAAUCGACCUUUACAACUAUGCUCUGUUGGGCUUUGUCAUCAGACGAGGACCUUCAAAUUGGAGCCAUGGAUCUUGAUAUUUGCGGACCUUCGCUGCCGCGAAUGUUGGGAUGCGUGAACGAAACCGUACAUGAAUCAAACACUGGGUGGACACCUGUCUAUGUUGCUGAUAACCUUGCGACUAUGUCUAUCCAAUACAUGUUGCCAGAAGAUGACUCAGCUAUUAUAUGGAGAGGGUCCAAAAAAAACGCACUAAUAAAGAAGUUUCUGAAGGAUGUCGAUUGGGAUGCGCUGGAUUAUCUGAUAGUGGACACCCCUCCAGGAACUUCGGACGAGCACAUCUCCAUCAACAAGUUCAUGAAAGAAUCAGGCAUAGAUGGAGCACUAGUUGUGACCACGCCCCAGGAAGUCGCACUUUUGGACGUACGAAAAGAAAUAGAUUUUUGCAGAAAGGCUGGAAUAAAAAUACUGGGUCUUGUUGAAAACAUGAGCGGCUUUGUGUGUCCCAGCUGUAAGGGAGAAUCUCAAAUAUUCAAGCCAACGACUGGUGGCGGUGAAAAGCUAUGCGAAGAACUCAAUAUACCAUUUCUUGGAAGUGUACCGCUUGAUCCGAGAGUGGGAAAGUCUUGUGAUGAGGGCCAGAGUUUUUUGGACCAACACCCCGAGAGCCCUGCAUCACUCGCCAUACUCGAUGUCGUGGAGAAACUUCGGGAUGCUGUCGGAGACAUUUAA